CAGCCCCUCUGGAGGGCGUGGUCACUGCGUUUACGCUUCACACAAACCUCGACACACACCACACUCAUAACAACUUUUCGCCAAACUUUUCACUGAUGGAACUUGCGGAAGCUGUUAAGUAAGGCCUCAAGAAUUUAUGAAACAACGGAAACACUGAGGACUGUGCUUCUUUUUAAAGGACCAUAGGGCAAAAAGAGAUGGAGGGGGAGCGGGCGCGGGCAGACUCUACUCUUGACUUGAACCACCUGACAGAAGAAGAGCAGUCCACCAUCCUGCAGGUCUUGCAGCGUGACUUGGAGUUGAGUCGUCUCGAUGAAGAACGUGUAAGAAGCCUCCAGGAGACAGGGACAGACGCGACACGUCUGCGCACACUGUCGGGGGCAUGGUUCAGUGAAGAGCGCAGCAAACGCCAUCGCAACCGGACGUCGGGCAGCGCUCUCGUCCACUCCACCAUACAACACAGGAAGACAAAGAGCAGAGAUGUGCCAUUGGCUGGACUGUUUAAUGGAGAGAUAGGGGAAACCUCCCACAACAACAACAACAACAACACCUCACCUGAGGCCGAGAGAAGACUGACGGACAGCAAAGAAGAGGAGAGUGAAGGGAGUCAAGGAAUAUCAAAACCUACACCCACACCCAGAACAAAAGCACCCGUUGCACAGGUUCUCCUGCAUAGAAAUAGUUCCUCAUCAUCCAAAGAGUGUGAAAGGAAAAGUAAUGGCCACUCAGAGGAACCUGAGGAAGCCUUCAAUGGUUACAGCGAGGACACUGACUCCUUAAGCAGCAACCUGACAGAGGCAGAUCCAGCUUCACUGAAAACCAGCAGCUCCACCGGCAGCAUUCAGUCAGGCUACACGCUCAGUGGAAGCAUGAUGAGUCUGUUCAGUACGGGGGAUUUUGAAGCAGUGGAGGUGAGGGGCCGUAUCCAAUUCUCAUUGGUUUACAACACCCAGAAGGAGGAGCUGCAAGUGAAAGUGUGUCGCUGCGAGGACAUUGCAUCAGCACGCAAGAACCGCUCUGACCCGUAUGUAAAAGCCUAUCUCUUGCCGGACAAGUCGAGUCACAGUAAGAAGAAAACUUCAGUGAAGAAGAAGACCCUAAACCCAGUCUAUGAUCAGACUCUCCGAUAUAAAGUCCGCAUCGGAGAGCUGCGGAGCCGGACCUUGAACCUGUCUGUGUGGCAUGCCGUGUCCCUGGGGAGAAACGUGUUUCUGGGGGAGGUGGAGGUGUCUCUGGGCCUGUGGGACUGGACCUGCACUCAGCCGCUGUGGCAGGACCUGCAGCCACGGGUUCAUUUGAGUCCAGACUCCAUUAGCAGUCGCGGGACCAUUAUGCUCUCUGUUAAGUUCAUCCCAGAUGGAUUUGAGGGUGGUGGUCUGCCUCUGACAGGAGAGCUUCACAUCUGGCUUCGGGAGGCUCAAGGUCUCCUAUCCAACAAAGGGGGCCCUAUAGACUCCUUUGUUAGAAGCUACAUACUCCCAGAUGCUAGUCGGCAGAGUGGCCAGAAGACUCGGGUGGCAAAGCGCUCCAUCAGUCCUACCUACAACCACACCAUGGUGUAUGAUGGCUUCCACACCAGCGACUUGAGAGACGCCUGCGCUGAGCUGACUGUCUGGCAGCGUGAAGGGUUAAAAAUGCGCGUCCUAGGAGGGAUUCGUCUCAGCUGUGGAACUGGUCAGAGUUAUGGGGAGGCCGUCAGCUGGAUGGACUCCACCGAAGAGGAGAUCGCUGUGUGGACCUCUAUGAUCGAAAACCCAAACCACUGGAUCGACACAACACUACCAAUCAGAACUAACCUCUCCCAUCGGCCUGAGUGACACACUUUGUCCACAAACACACAUUCAUGCGUGUGUUCAUAUAACGGCUGGACUGAAAGGACAUCCUCAGCACAUCGCCACAAUUAACCUCUCUGUCACAAUGAUAUGCACAAGAACUGUUUCUGUUUUUACACACACACACCCAGAGGAGGCAGUAGAGGUGCAAUUUUGUGAAUUAAUGGCAUAGAUAUUUACAAUAUUUAGUUUUGAAACCAAAUCUUUCUGCAUUUAAAAUGUUUUACUUGUACGUUUUGGUUCGGUCUCUUUUAUCUGACAAAAGUGCAUUUGUAAUCCAUUGUAGUUUCUUAAUUAAAUUUCAAACAUGAACUGAAUCGCCCUUAUCUUAUUAAA